UAAUGUAUAAAUACGAGAUAAUGUAGAGACUAGAGAUACCAACUUUGGCCAGAGUGGUUGUUUGACGCUCACUCUUGCAGCUGAUGUAAACCUUUGUAUUCGUCUUGAACGAAUUCCUUCAUGGCAGAACCAGCCCCGGAUUUUCGGUCUCCAUAUUUAGUCUCUGUGACUCUCACCCUCCUCUUGCUUGUAGCCCUCUUGUUCUCUCCUUUAAACCAAAAACACCAUCUCUCUCUCAAUUUCUCUUCUUCUCCCACCUCCCCAUCAUCAUCUUUUAACCACCAACAACAAAUUACCACAGACAAGCACACAGGCUUGCAUGUUGCACCUGCACCUUCCCCAUCCCAAGCACUGCUGGAGUUUCAGCGCCAUCAGUCUCCUCCCUCAACUUCCUCUGCGCCUAAACUCACUCAUACCACUAUCGAAAAGAACCAGAGCAAAACAGAGAGGAUUGAACAAGAGUUGGGCGUAGCAAGAGCGAUUAUCCGCAAAGCUAUUGUUACGAAGAAUUGCACGUCUAACAGCAACGAGAUUUACAUCCCCACAGGAAGUGCCUACAGAAAUCCCAAUGCCUUUCAUCAGAGUCACGUAGAGAUGGUGAAAAGGUUCAAGAUAUGGGCCUACAGGGAAGGAGAGGUACCCAUGGUCCACAAUGGGCCCACCACAUACAUCUACUCCAUCGAAGGCCAGUUUAUUUUCGAGAUGGAAAGUGGGCCAAGCCCAUUCAUGGCCCAACAUCCUGAUGAGGCCCAUGCAUUCUUCCUACCACUCAGCGUGUCCAAGAUUACUGACUUUCUAUACAGACCUCACCACGAAACAUUUUUCCAUCGACUCCACCGUAUCUUCACCGACUACAUUUAUGUCAUCUCUGAUAAAUACCCUUACUGGAAUAGGAGCGCUGGAGCCGACCAUUUUUUUGUCUCAUGCCAUGAUUGGGCGCCAAUUAUCUCACGUGAUGAUCCCAGGCCCUACAAGAAUCUGAUGAAGGUGGUAUGCAAUGCAAACACCUCUGAAGGAUUCAAGCCUACCAGAGACGUCUCACUGCCAGAAUAUAACCUCAAAGCCUACGAACUUGGACCGCCCCGUUUUGGUCAACGCCCUUCUCAGCGUCCAAUCCUUGCCUUCUUUGCUGGUGCAGCCCAUGGAGACAUCAGGAGCAUUUUGUUUGAGCAUUGGAAGGAAAAAGAUGAUGAAGUUCGAGUUUAUGAAAAACUUCCUGAGAAUAUGAACUACCACAAACUAAUGGGGCAAACUAAGUUCUGCUUGUGCCCAAGUGGUUCUGAAGUGGCAAGUCCUAGGGUUGUGGAGGCAAUGUAUGCAGGGUGUGUCCCGGUCCUCAUUUCCGAUUACUAUGCCGUACCCUUUGAUGAUGUUCUUGAUUGGACUAAGUUUUCGAUACAAAUUCCACCCAAGAGAAUACCAGAUAUCAAGUCAAUACUGAAGGCUGUUCCAUAUUCGAAGUACUUGAAAUUGCAGAAGAGGGUGAUGCAAGUGAGAAGGCAUUUUGAGCUCAACCGACCCGCUAAGCCCUAUGAUGUAUUUCACAUGGUGCUUCACUCAGUGUGGCUUAGAAGGCUUAACAUUCGGUUGCCAGAUCGAUUUUAAGGAUCAUCAGGAAUCUUGUAGAGGUUUUAAUAAUCAUUGUUUUAGCAUGAGAUUAAACUCACAGUGAUGCGUCAAGCAAACACUAGUCAUUCAGAUAAUGAUAUUUAAUUAUAAGGGAUGAAAAAUAAAAAAGCAUGAUAUUACAGUAA